GGGCACAAAGGGAAAAGAUUUUACAGCACCGACCUUUGAGACAUUGGAGUUCAACCAAUCUGGAGUCUAUGCCUUUCCACUCGUCCUCCAGACUCUUGGACCUCGAUCAAGGAAUGGACAGGCACAGAUCCCGCAGCCCUCCUACCAGCUCCCACCACCACUAUCCACCAAACAGACGGGGAGGAGAUAACAGAAGACGAAACCACUGUGACGGUGCACAAUUCGGACCCUCAAAUCACCACCUGCAUCAGUCCAGUGCCACUCCAAGGCAAACCCCACCAAGGUCCCAGACCUUAAGCACAAGAAGGGAAGUGUAUGAGAGAGACUUUCCAUUGUACAAGCAGCCUGUGGAAGUGGGCUGUUUCUCCCUAGACUCUCAGCGUAGGUUUUUUAAUGACAGCAGGCAGAUGAGAUACUACGUGGAACCUGAGCGAAGUCCCAAUUUUGAUCUGAGGGAUGGGUUCAGGGAACGAUAUGUGAAGAGGGAUGAAAAUGUCAAGGAGAAGCUGGAUCACAUUCUGCGAUGGAUAGUAGCCAACAAGUCAAAGCUGAAAUCCAAGUUGACCACAAAUGCCUCAUGCCCUUUAGACUUUGACUUUGUGACCUGGCGGGGCCACCUGACCAAGCUGCUUACUACGCCGUACGAGACCAGAGAGGGCUGGUUGCUGGCGGUGACCAGGUUUAACGGCACACUCUACAUCAGUGAGGUGGAGACUGAAGCUGCUCGCAGGGAACGAGAAAAUCGCCCAGAGAGGAACAAGGAGAUGAUGUACUGGGGAUACAAGUUUGAACAAUACAUGUGUGCAGACGAUACAAACAGUGAGCCUGACCCCAGAGGAGUGGUCAACACCAACGAGGCCUUCUGCACUGUGGUCCAGACCCGGCUCACAGAUCACAAGCUUCUGUUCUCUGGCGAGGUGGAUUGUCGGGACAGAGAUCCAGGUGCUCCACCUCCUCCUGCCUGCUAUGUGGAGCUGAAGACCUCUGCAGAGAUCUGCACUCCCAAGCAGCGCAGCAACUUCCACAGGUUUAAACUGUUGAAAUGGUGGGCCCAGUCCUUUCUUCCUGGAGUCCCUCGAGUGGUUGCAGGUUUCAGGGAUCAUGACGGGACCGUCGUUUCUGUGGAGACUUUUCAGAUCUCCAAGAUUUCACAAGUCAUCAAGAACGAAUAUAACUGCUGGAAGCCAACAGUGUGCAUGAACUUCUGUUGUGACUUCCUGUCUUUUGUGAAGCGUGAAGCUACUGAGGACAAUCCUAGUGUGGUGUACUUAUUUUCCUGGGAGCCACACAACGAUGUGACCUACUCAGUCCACCGGGACUCCCGAUAUUCCUUCCUGCCUGAUUGGUAUAUUAAUGAAAUGACCAGGUCUCCAGAAUAGCAACAGACAUCCUCUUUCAGCCAAAAUGACAGGAGUGGACUGGGCUUUUCUUUUAUCAUCCACUGAGAAGAAAACGUGAAAAUAUUAUGAUUCAAGUCCAACGAACUACAAGAAUGUUAAAAAGCAACAAUUGCAGACAUAUCAGCUUACUACACCAGGCCAUCUCUACUUGUAACAGAUGCUCAGUAGCCCAUGGGUAUUAAGUCUGUACAAUAAAUAUUUUUUUAUUCCUUGUCUAUUUUAUUAAUGAUAUCAAUCAAACGGAAAUCAUACUGCAUUAAAUGACUACUUGGUUAUUGCUGCUAAAGGUGGUUUUACCAAGCUAUAAAAUGAUGGAGUGUACCUAAUUAUUGACACACAGCUUCUUCACUUUGGCGUUAUUUUUAUUUGAAUAAAUAAUGACAACAUGAACCACGUUUUAAUAAGGGGACAGUUGGAAUGGGAAUAUUUUUAAAACCUUG